AUGAUUGUUCAUGAAAAAUUGGGAAAAUAAUAAUAACUUUAUCAUUUCUAUAAAUUCUAAGAAUAGACUAAUAAUAUUCAUGUUCCCACUCAUGAAACCAUCUCAUCAUUAACUGAAAAAAGGGUAACUUAAGUAAAUAUUUGAGUUCGAAAGCAAUGAAACAUCUUUAGAUUCUUCAUUAUCAAAUGAUAAUAAUCAUCAUAAUUAGUUGAUUGAAUUAUUGAAGACUACAAAACACAGAUACUAAUUUUCUAAAAAACUUUAUUGA